AUGUCAGGUCCUCCCGUCUCAUUCAGCUCCCUCCCUCUCAGCAAAUCGCCCACCUCAGCCCGCCUCAACGCCUGGGGCGCCUACGGCCCGACGGACGAACUCGGCUUCCUCAACCGGCAAACCCCAACGACGAUCGCGGCGGCGGCGGCGUCCGAGAUCCGCACCGGGGUGCGAGUGGCCCUGGACGCACCGCUCGACUUCCAGGGCCAGAAGCCGCUGUUCGGCCGCCAGGUGUUCGAGAAACAAGUGUACCAGAAGGCCCCGCGGAUCGUGCACGACGACACAUGGAGUUUCAACACGCAGAGCGCCACGCAGUGGGACGGGCUGCGGCACUUCGGCUACCAGGCGGCCCAGCGGUUCUACAAUGACACCACUUUGGAAGAUAUCGCGGGCACGAGCGACAAGGGCCAGAAAGAGCCGAAUAUGUUGGGGAUCCACAAUGCCGUGAAGCAUGGCGGGAUUAUGGGGAGGGGGAUCUUGGUUGAUUUCCGCCGGUGGAUGGAUGAAGGGCCUGGUAGGGAAAUUGUGAACAAACACAUCGGUGACGAUACCUUCUUCGACAAUUUCCACACCUCGGCCAUCAAAUUCGACUGGAUCCUCCAAACUCUGGCCUGGCAGGGCAACACGACCCCGCGGUUCGGCGAUAUCUUGAUCGUCCGCUCCGGCUGGUUCAAGUCGUACCGCGACUUGGUCGACUCCAAUCCGGCCGAACUGGAGCGGCUGGCCAAACAACAACCCCCUGGUCUGGGCGGCGUCGAACAGUCCGACGAGGUGCUCGCUUGGAUCUGGGACCACUUCAGCGCCGUCGCCGCCGAUCAUCCUUCGUUCGAGCGCUGGCCGAGCCCGCUCGACUGGAGUAUGCACGAGGUCCUGCUGGCCGGCUGGGGCUGCAACAUUGGCGAGUUGUUGGACCUCGAGGCCUUGAGCAACGAGUGUGUUCGCCAGAAUCGCUGGUCGUUCUUCGUCGCUAGUGUGCCGUGUUAUGUCCCUGGCGGCGUCGCGAGUCCGGUUAAUGGAGUGGCUAUCUUUUGA